AUGGCGUUUCGAUCCCAGCUAUUCGGCGGACGGCUCUCGCGGCGAAGCUCCGACGCUGCCAAGUUUCUCUUUCCAUUCACCUGCCAAUCGCUUUCCUCUCUCGCAGCUUUAACCUCCGAUGCUCAGGUGGACGGUAACGAACUACCGAUUCUCAAGGACUCCAACCCCGACGAAAGUCAGGUUCUCAGCGAGCUCUCAAAAUUGCUUCCGGUUUUCCGCAGAAUUCCUACCACACAAAUCAUCGGAGAUUCAGUUAUUAGAGUAGAGGGAAGAGCCGCCGUCGUCGAUCGGUUUCUAUCCCCGGAGGAGCGACUCCGAGGAGUGUUCCUUCAGAAGUUGAAAGGCACGCACGCAAUCGAGACUGCUUUAACCAAUUCCUGCGUGGAAUUGACUGUCGAUGUCAUGGCUAAAGUUCUGAACAGAGGUAAUUUGGGAGGUGAAUCGAUGGUUACCUUCUUCCACUGGGCGAUUAAACAGCCGGCGGUGGCUAAAGACAUUCAUGGUUACAAUAUCCUUAUCAGAGCUCUAGGCAGAAGAAAAUACGUCGACUUCCUGCUGAAGGCUCUGCAAGAACUGAAAGCUGAAGGUAUAAACCCCGACAUUGAAACUCUGUCAAUUGUGAUGGAUAGUUUAGUUAAAGCUCAUAGAGUCUGCAAGGCAAUACAAAUGUUUGGAGAUGGAGAAGAAUACGGAUUUGGAUGCAAUACGGAAUCUUUGAAUGUCCUAUUGCAGUGUCUCUGUAGAAGGUCUCAUGUUGGUGCUGCAACUUCCUACUUGAACAAGAUGAAAGGGAGGGUGCCAUUCAAUGCCACAACGUAUAAUGUUGUGAUUGGUGGCUGGUCGAAAUGCGGUAGAGUUGAUGAGGUCGAGCGGGUUUUGGAGACAAUGAUAGAUGAUGGUUUUAAUCCUGAUUGCUCAACUUUCAGUUUUCUACUAGAGGGCUUAGGAAGAGCUGGCAGGAUUGAAGAUGCUGUGGAAGUUUUUAAGAAGAUGGAGGAGAAAGGCUGUGUGCCAGAUACUUCAGUUUACAAUGCAAUGAUUGGUAAUUUUAUCUCAGCUGGGAAGUUUGAUGAGUGCAUAAAAUACUACAGGUGUUUAUUGAGUAGCAACAGUGAACCAAAUGCUGAUACUUAUACGAAUUUGAUUUCUGGCCUGAUCAAAUCUCGAAAGGUAGCUGAUGCACUUGAAAUCUUUGAUGAGAUGCUUGAACGAGGGAUUGUUCCUACUUCUGGAGAUGUGACUUGUUUUCUGCAACCUCUUUGUAGCUUUGGUCCGCCUCAUGCUGCUAUGUUGAUUUAUAAGAAAGCACAAAAGGCUGGGUGUGAGAUAUCGCUCACAGGAUAUAAGUUGCUGCUGAUGCGGCUCUCGAGAUUUGGGAAAUGUGGGAUGCUGUUGAGUAUAUGGGAUGAUCUUCAGACGAGCGGUUAUUCUUCUGAUAUGGAAGUUUAUGAGUAUGUGGUGAAUGGACUGUGCAACAUAGGACAGCUGGAGAAUGCUGUGCUUGUGAUGGAGGAAGCUCUGCGUGGAGGGUUCUGCCCAAGCAAGCUAAUUUAUAGCAAACUGAAUCACAAGUUGCUUGCUUCAAGCAAAGUCGAGAGGGCUUACAGGCUGUUUUUGAAAGUUAAAGCUGCACGCGAGGUUGAUAAUGCUCGUAGGUUUUGGCGACGAAAUGGCUGGCACUAUUGA